AGUUACCAUGGGGCCACCUGCUCUGCUCAGGUGUAAUGCACGAGUGAGUAUCAGGUGAGCUGGCGUGUGAUAUCUGACUGAUUAACGUCUGUUUGGAGGUCUAUUUGAAGAAUUGUCCAACAACUAAAAUGUGCUUUUUUUUUCCAUCAAGCUAAAGUUUAAGAUACAGGAAUGAAAAAGAAUGCCUUCGGGGAAAAAGGUUCGCUCUUCUUCAGCUUCGGGAAGAUUAGAAACUCAACAUGUGCGCAGCAUCCUCGCUGAACUGAGUGGUUUAGGGGAGAGGACAAGAAGCACCUCUGGGCCGGGAAGGCUGGCGGAGAAAGGAGAUGAUUUUUCAGUAUCCAGACGACUGAGUGACAGCGAGGACAGAAAAGAACAGCCUCAAUGGUUGGUGCAAGAGCUCCUCAAAAAGAAGAGAAGAAGACACUCAGUCACACUUGGAGAUAAGGAGCAAAUCAUAAGACAGCAACAUCACCGAAUCAAUUCAACUUGCAGCCUCAAGAUUGAUGAGAAGAUAUCACUCGAGAGCCUCCAGAAACUGAAACUAGCAUUUGAGGAAUUUGAAUCGGUUGGCUCGAGAUUCAUUGAUGGGAGGAAAUUUGGAUGUAUCGUGAGGAAGUGUCUGGGUUUGCCUAACACAACCUACGCAGAGAUUCAAGGAUUAUUUAAGAAGAUUGAUUAUUCAGGCAAAGGAGCAAUUUCAUGGGGUGAGUUCUGCUCACACGUGCUGCAGCAGUAUAAAGAGAAGGAGGAAACUGCAAGACGCAACAAGCAGGUGGCUUUCACUCUGCCAGCCACCAUUAAUGCCUUGGGUCACGGGAUUCCUAUUGUCAACAUUCAUUCCACCCAUGAUGGCACCAUAGUAACAGUGCGAGAAGACGGGCGUGCCUGCUGCUGGAGCCCUGAACUUAAAUCCCAGAAGACCAAACACCUGUUUAAUGAAGGUCCUACUAAUAUAAAGUCCAAAUGGGCGAGUGAUUUCGCUCUGAUGACAGAGUACAACAAGCUGAUCAUCGGGACGGGAGACAGAGAGCUCAAGCUUUAUGAGCUUUCCUCUCUGGAGCCUUAUUGUCAGAUCAGUGCACUGGAAACAAUACCUCUGACAUUAGAUUACAGCUACACUGGCCCAGAUAAAUGCUGCGUUCUGUAUGGAGACUCUGAAGGAUGUGUGACUGUCAUUUUAAUAUCCUCUGCUGAAGAUACCUUCAGGUUGUGGAGUAAACUACCAAAGACCGAAACUAUAGCUAACAUAGCAGUUGACAAUGCAGCGCUUUCUCCAAAUGUGGCAUUUGUUAGAUGGAAGGUUCAUCAUGACUGGGUGACACAGGUUAAAUAUUUUCACAGUCUUCAAGCUGUUGUCUCCUCAUCGAAUGAAGAAUCUUCUUCUCUUGUUGUAGGCUGCAUGUUGCCUUUAACAGAUGCUCAGCUACAGCUGAACGAGAUUAAAGAGUUCUGCUACGAAGGUAAAAGCAAAAAGACCCAACUGAGCUGGACACCGCAGGUCCGUGCGUCAUGUGAUCAGACCGUCUUCACAAUCUACAAAGGUGUCAAGACCUUUGACCUCUGUCAGAAGCACAGUUUGCUGGUUACUGGAGGUUUGGACAAACUCAUACGCCUGUGGAACCCACGUUAUUCCAGGAAACCAACUGGCAUUUUGAAGGGCCACUCUGCUCCCAUCGUCUCCAUCUGCAUCUCCUCAGAAGACAGUCAGAUCUUCUCUGUCUCCACAGACUGCACUGUGAAAAUUUGGCAUCUUCAGGAUCAGUGCUGCCUGUUUACAGCAGACCCCAAAGCAAGCGGGAUUCAUGGUGAUAUAUCUGCAUGCGCGUACUCCCCUUCAAUGAAGUGUCUGUAUAUUGCAGCGGACUGCAUGACUAUGCUUCCUCUGAAGUUAAGGCAAAGGCUUCACCGUCGUUUCACUGUUUCUCAUAAUGAGCCUGUUUUGUGCUGCGGCUACAGUGAGGAGUUUCGUCAGGUAGUCACCUGCACUGAGGGAUCUGUGGUGAGAGUCUGGGAUUUAGACACCGGGCGUCAGGUUUUUGAGUUUGGUGGCACACAUGAACUGUCCUCCAUCACAUGCAUGGCAUUGGAUCCCAAAGGGAGGAGACUUGUCACCGCUGGAAGAGAUGGGUGUUUAAAGAUCUGGAACUUCAGCAGUGGUCUGUGCCUGAAGACAUUAAAGAAGGAUGGUGAAUGUCACGAGGUGUGUGACUGCAUCUUUCUCCAAGUCCACGGGAAUUUCUAUGUGAUGUCAGUCGGAAGGGACCGGAAGAUUGACAUUUACCCGGACACACCCGAGGACCUUCAUCAUGUCCAGAGGCCACAGCCGUUGUGGCAGGAUGAUCUGAAAAAUGGCCAUAAGGAUGACAUACUCUGCGUGGCGCAGUGUCCCCCGUCUCUUGUGGCCACUGGCGGCUACGAUGGCGAGAUUAUAGUGUGGAACGUGGUUUCUGGACGAGUGCAGUGUCGAUUUGUCAGUCCCCUUGUUAAAGGUCUGGACACCAGUGUUCCAAGCAUAAUUUUCCUCAACGACUCCUCGACUACAGCUCUCCUGUCAUCUGGAGCCGAAGGCUGUGUAAAUCUCUGGAAUGUGCUCGGCGGAGGAAAGUUUGUGAGCAGCUUCAAAGCUUCUAAAUUUCAACAAAAGAUAACGAAACUGGCCAAAACAGAGGAGGAUGUGCUGCUGUACACGGCUGACAGAACUGGUUACAUCUAUGUUUACAGCACGGAGAAGCUCGACCCUGAGAGGAGAUCACUGAGAGCUGAAACCUUUUGGCGUGCCCACACCAACACAGUUACUGGCCUGCACCUUGUUGACAAUGAUCAAGUGGUGCUUACCUCAUCCACUGACCACACGGUGCGUCUUUGGAGUGCACAAGGAGAAUUCAUAGGGACCUUUGGGCAGCCCGAGAGCUGGAGCGUUCACAUCCCUUCGUCCUGGAUCCAUCCUGGUGUCCCCUUUGAGGUUCUCAUUGAUCCCCUGAGUAUGCCACAUCAUGAAAUUCUGAAUGCAAAAACAGGUCUAUCUGAAGCAAUCAAUCCCGGCACGACUGAGGAGGAAAGAGGGGAACUAAAGACUUUGUGAUGAAAUCGUCAGGCAUACUAACAAGCUAUCGAGCUGCUCCGCUCUGAAAUGCUUUGAUGCUGUGGCGCCACCAACCACCGGCAAACCACCUGACCCCUCCCUCACCUCUAUUGAUCCUAUCAUAAGCAGCGCUGAGGAACUGAGUCAACUGGGAAAAAAAAAAAAAGAUGAAACUGUAUUGAUCAUUAUUGGGAAACUGGGUCAUCGCAGCAUCCAAUACUUUUAAAGAUAAAGCAUGGAAAAAUGCCAGAGAAUGAAAUAACAGCUAGAAUUUAAGCUGUAUGUAAUCACACACAGUCGGCUUUCUCAUCAGGGAAAUAAA